AAAAUAUAUAUAUAAACUCAAAAUGUCGACAAAAAAUUAUUACGCCUGGAUGGUGGCCGGUGUUUGUUUGGCCCUGUUUGCAAUGACCAUCGCUCAGCAGGAUAAACCUGUAACAGAUAUCUGCUUGGGCUGUAUUUGUGAGGCCAUAUCCGGCUGUAAUCAAACCAACUUCUGCCAGGGUGGAGUCUGUGGCCUAUUUCGCAUAACUUGGCCCUAUUGGGCUGAUGGUGGUAAACUUACCAUUAACAAUGAGCCUAUAGAAUCUGAGACUGCCUAUCCCAACUGUGUUAAUGAUCCCUACUGUGCCGCCAAUACCAUACAAAAUUAUAUGUUGAAAUAUGGUCAGGAUUGUAAUAACGAUGGUGUUGUCAACUGCUUCGAUUAUGCUGCCAUUCACAAAUUGGGUGGUUAUGGUUGCACUGGUGAAUUAUCUCACAAAUAUGUCACCGAUUUGGAGUUGUGUCUAAAAUCAUAUAAGGCUAAUUAAAUUAUUGCGAUACUUUUAAAGCAUAUCUUAGUUUUAGGGCUUAGGAUUACACCUACAUAUUGAACAAAUAUCUACAAUAAUGCAACAAAUCAGUGAUGAUUUUUUAC